UCUUUGGUCUCGGAACUGAACGCGAUCGGUGUUCGCGCGCGCGCUUAUCACGUCUUAUGUUGAUGGUUAAACUGUUAUAAUAUAUUUUUACAAUUGUAAUUAUUGCGCGCACAAUAAACACGUAUCAAACGACAUAUUAUAGUAAUUACUAAUACAAUAUUCGCUUGAAAAUCGAGUCCGAUUCAACAAUAAAUAAAUAUAAUCGCGCAUUAUCGAUAUUACACUGUUAUUAAAUAUUAUUAUAAUAUAGUGCCCCUCAUGGACCGGCGGAUUCGCUGAUCGACGUCACCGCCACCGCCGCCACCGUCGACCACCUGUGGCGCGCGCGCGAUCUUCUCCAGGUCACCGUCGGGUCCAGCUCGUCCGCGGAUUCGGUGUGUGCAGCUGCUGUUGUUGCAGGGCCGCCGAGCAGUGCUGCUGCCGCUACCGCUGCUCAUCGCUCGUCAUCCGUCGUCUCCGUGUUCAUAUUAUUAUAAUAAUAUCAUAUAUACGCACUUUAUAACUGGCGACCGUCGUCAUUCACGAUGAGAGCUACCGUUUCACUAUGGUUCCUGGUGUUCGCCGGGUUCGCGUGCAACUACAUGAUACGUAUCAAUCUCAACAUCGCCAUAGUCGACAUGACCACGGCGAAGAGCAAAGGUCGGAGUAUACUAAUGUGUGGAAAUUCGACGGACAGUUUAAAUUUGACCGUUGGAAAAGAUAGCGUUGUUAAAAAAACAGAUUUCGAGUGGAAAGACAGUGAACGGGCCAGCGUACUUGGAUCGUUUUAUUGGUUGCACUGGGCAUUACAGUUACCAGGAGGGUUGCUCGCGCGACAAUUCGGUGCCAAGCGCAUAUUUGGCCUCAGCAAUUUGUUCAUGUUCGUCAUGUCCCUGUUAAUGCCGGUCCUCGCCCGGUGGGACAUAAAGGGACUCAUCGUAGCCCGAGUGUUACAAGGGUUCGUCGGGGGUAUGGCUUGGCCGUCAGUACAUCAUCUAACCGCACAUUGGGUACCACCGAACAAGAGGAGCAAAUUCAUUACAGCAUAUUUAGGCAGUUCGAUCGGCGUAGCUAUUACGUUCCCGCUCUGCGGAUUCAUACUUGAGAGAUGGGGCUGGCCGUACGUGUUCUACGUCACAGGGGCUAUCGGAAUGAUGUGGUUUUUGGCAUGGUGGUUGUUCGUGUACGAUACGCCCUCGCAACAUCCAUACAUUUCUGAAGUCGAGCUUGUGCACAUCACUAGUAGCCUCACCGAUGUGGUGUCCUCUACAAAGUUACCAAUACCGUGGAAAGCCGUUUUGACGUGUAUGCCGUUUUGGAUAGCACUGUCCAUCCAAUGGAGUACCGGGUGGGCUCUGCACACGCUCAUGACGCAGACUCCUACCUAUCUAGUACUGAUGUUCGGGUGGAAUCCGGAAAAGAUCGGCCUCUGGUCCGGAAUACCACAUUUCACCCGUUUCGUGUUCUCGCUGGUCCUGUCGUUCGCCAUCGACACGCUCAUGGCCACCGGCAAGUACAGUCGAACUUGCGUGCGUAAGAUAUCGACCACCAUUUGUACGGUAGUGCAAGCCCUUCUCAUCGUGGCCCUAGUGUAUUCGGGUUGCGACCCGUUUUUGGUCAACGGAUUCCUACUGCUGGCAAUGACAGUCAGUGGUGCUUCCACGUCUGGACCGCUUUCCAUAAUGGUCGACCUGUCGCCGAAUUUCGCCAGCGUGCUCCAAGGAUUCAGCGGCAUUACCGGAGUCAUCCCGGGAAUGAUUUCGCCGUUCGUGCUGUCUUAUUUCACGAACGAUAAUAACACGCUCGAAUCGUGGCAACACUUUUUCGCCUUGAGCGGCGUGAUAAUAGCCAUUCCGGGACUGCUGUACAAUUUCUUCGGCUCUAGCGAACUUCAGCCGUGGAAUAAUCCUAUCCCGGCAGUUGAUCCGGAAACGGCUGCCUCCAACGGCAACUCUACCGCCAGAAAAUGAUUAUUUUUUUUUUAACGCGUACCUAUAUAUUAUAAUAUAUUGUGAUCAACAAUCAACCGAAUGACCAAUUUUGUAUUUUUUUUUUUACAUUAUUAUUAUAUUUUAUGUAACACCUAAUACAAACCAGCAUUCGUAUAGAAUUAUAUAUAUUGUUAUGAAUUUGAAAUUGGGGUGAAUAUACAUUACCUACUAUACAGAGUAAAUAUAGACGUAUCUAUAGUAUAAAAACAAUACUGCCGGUUUUUAUGCAUUUGUACCAUAGAGUAUGAUUUGUAGGUACCUGUAUGUUUAGCACGACUGUUGACAUUAGAUAAUAAUAUCUAUAAUAUGUUCAUAAAUAAUAUUAUUGUUUUAUUAUCUAUAAUUGUGGUACUUAGUUAUGACAAUCGCAUUUACAUAAUAUUUUAUUGAUGAUUAUCAUGAACAGAAGAAAAUUACGUAGGUAGGUACACUAUCUUCUCUAAUAUUAAUCUAUUUAAGGACAUUAUUUGGGACAGUUUAGGUACCUACAUAAUGUUAUUAUAGUAUUGUAUAAUCAGUCAUCAGGGCUUAAAUUAUGGUGCCUGACAUUAUU